UUAUCAACACUGGAGGUGGCGCUAAUGAGUCAGCCAUGACGUCAUCUCAGUGACGGUGUAAUCUUCGCAGCCGCAGUUCGUCUCAACCCAAGAGAACGUUAUGUUAAUGACAAACAGCUGACGUUGUACCGUGCGUCAUGACGUCAUCGCCCCGCAGCGCAUGGUGUCGCAGACACUUUGAUGACGUAGAUUUUAGCGUCCAUCACCAGGAGGAAGAGGGCGAGUGUCCGCACGAGGACAGAGAGAGAGAGCGCGAGAGAGAGAGAGCGCGAGAGACAGCGCAAGCAUCAUUUCUGCUUCAUCACACUGCAGCUGUGUGGAUCACCAUGACAACAGAGCCAGGUGAACCCCAGGAGGCCCAGCACAAAGAGGCAGAGUCUUUUACUGAAGCCACCGCCCACUCUACACCUAAACAGAGUGAGGAAGGCGGGGCCAAUCAGAUCCACGGCUCAUUGGCUGAAGACUCGACCAGUCACCUGUCGUCCAACGUCACUCGUUCUCCAGCCAGAGGGACGAUCAACUUCUGGACAAUGAACACGAGAGUGACUCUCCUCGAUGGCUCCACCUUCACCUGCACUUUAGAGAAACGAGCUCGUGGUCUUCAGCUUUUUGAAAAAGUCUGUGAACAUGUGAAUCUUCUGGAAAGAGAUUAUUUUUCUCUGUCGUUCAGAGACACAGACGACAACAAGAACUGGUUGGAUCCAGCAAAGGAUAUAAAGAAACAGGUCAGAGGUGUCCCCUGGAACUUCUCCUUUAAUGUCAAGUUUUACCCUCCUGACCCCGCCCAGCUGUCUGAAGACCUCACCAGGUACUUCCUGUGUCUCCAGCUCAGACAGGACAUCAUUUCUGGUCGUCUUCCGUGUUCAUUUGCUACUCACACUGUCCUCGGUUCUUACACUGUCCAGUCAGAGCUUGGAGACUACGACCAAGAUGAAUGUGGAUCAAACUACAUCAGUGAACUGAGUUUUGCUCCAAAUCAAAGUAAAGAGAUGGAAGAGAAGAUCAUGGAGCUGCAUCGUAACUACAGAGGAAUGUCUCCAGCUGAAGCUGAAUUGCAUUUUCUGGAAAAUGUCAAAAAACUUUCAAUGUACGGAGUCGACCUUCAUCACGCAAAGGACUCAGAGGGUGUGGCCAUCAUGCUGGGCAUUUGCAGUAGUGGUCUGCUCAUCUACAGGGACAGACUGAGGAUCAACAGAUUCUCAUGGCCCAAGAUUCUGAAGAUUUCAUACAAAAGAAACAACUUUUAUGUCAAGAUUCGACCUGGAGAGUUUGACCAGUUUGAGUCCACCAUUGGUUUCAAGCUGUUUAACCACAGAGCAGCGAAGCGACUGUGGAAAGUGUGUGUGGAACAUCACUCCUUCUUCAGGCUGGUGUCUCCAGAGGAACCCCCUAAAAAGUUCCUGUCUCUGGGAUCAAAGUUUCGGUACAGUGGUCGGACUCAGAUUCAGAGCCGCAGAGCCAGCGCUCAGAUCUCCAGACCUGCACCACAUUUUACCCGAUGUGUCAGCAAGAGGAACCUGAUGAGCCGCAGCCUGGAUGGAGGCCAGAUGACCACGCCCACACCUUCUCUGAUUGGCUCUCCAGUCAUCACAGCCAAUGGCAGUCCUCACACAGAUAUGGGGGUGGGACUUUACGCGGCGUCUAAAUCCGUUGGCGGCAGUGACCUCAUGACCUCAGGGUCACCUGAGAGGAAGACGGAGAAGACACGAGGUGCACAGCAGGAAGUGAUAGAGACGGCCAUGGAGGCAGAGCAGGAAGUGAUAGAGACGGCCAUGGAGGCAGAGCAGGAAGUGAUAGAGACGGCCAUGGAGGCGGAGCAGGAAGGGAUAGAAGAAGAUGAGACGCUGACAAGAGUGAUGGAAGUAUCUCAGCAGAGUCCUCCAACUCACAAACAAGACACCAAGACAGAGUUGACUGACACAGCUAUGGACGGAGACCUGACUGCUACUGAGUCUGACCAGGAUGAAGAUUUGAAAACUCAGGAGGCACCGGACAGUCCAGAGGACGUCCAGAAUCCUCGGCAUCAGGACAUCAGUGCUCUGAGACGCUCCUUCUUGGAGGGAGGACAGACAGGAGGAGGACAGACAGAGUGGGAGAGACGUCUCGCUGCAUCCCCUCUGCGCCGGGCGGACGACUCCCCCAUGAUUGAACCCUUGGAGCCAGAUGAGGAGGGUGGGGUCAAAAUAAACCAAGCUCCCCCUCAGCGAAUCAGAGAGAAGUGCCACACUGUUGGGCGGAGCUACGACACAACCUCAGGGAAGAUCGUCUCCGUGACGUCUCGGGACACUAGCUUCGACGUUACCAUGACAAUGAGUCUGGAGGUGGGCAGACAGGCUCCGCCCAUUCCACCGUCCACUGAUGAUGACAUCACAGGACGAACGCUGAUGACUAUCUGUGAGGUGAAGACACCAGUCUCACCGCUGGAACCACCGCGUGGCAUCUGUGCUGCCAUUAGUGAGACUGAAGGAGGAGGAGGAGCCUCUGUGAUGUCACCUCUGACCCUCUGUCCAAACUCGUCUCAGGCCGCAGUGGCUGAAGCCAUGUUUGAGGAAAUAUCUCCUGAACUGAAGACGCUGCUCCGGUCGGCCAGAGAACAAGAAACUCUGCUGAAGAAUUCGGAGAAUUCGGAGACGGGGUUCCUGAUGACGGAGUCACGUGACCACGACCGGCCACUUGUGGACCAGCAUCAGAGUUGGGUGGGUGUGGACUCUGAUCAUGUGACAGGUUUCCUGCUGAGUUCACAAACAUUCACCUCAGAGACGGCCAAUACCAGCACCACCACACACAUCACCAAGACGGUGAAAGGAGGAAUUUCAGAAACAAGAGUUGAGAAAAGAAUUGUGAUUUCUGGAGACACUGAUGUGGACCAAGACCAGGCUCUGGCAGCAGCUCUAAGUGAAGCGAAGCGAGAACACCCUGAACUUUGUGUCACACGAGUCGUCGUCCACAAAGAAACAUGUGAUUCGUUAGUUUCACCACAGGACUGAAGCUUCAAACCUGCUGCAUCAUGGGAGUUGAAGUCCAGACAUCAGUGCCAACAACAGGAUUGCUGCAGACACAAACACACACACACAAACACACAGACACACACAAAGUCACUCU